CCGAUUCCGGAAGUGUAAGUUUUUAUCCAAAGAAGGAUGUUAAGUAAAUAAAAGAACUAAAGAAGAUCAUAAACAAUCAAUGACUGAAUUGACUGAAUGAACUGGAGCGAAUCUAAUAUAACUCGAAUGUCUACUACAGUUGAGUUACUAGAUCUACUGACUACUGCUCUAGACUCUUGACAAUCUAGAUGAGACUAAAAGGCAGUGAGUAGAGGAGAGGUCUAGUCUAGAAUCUAUAUCUACUAUAGUCUCUUGACCUAAAGUUUAACAGUUAUAAAGACUGAUUAGACUAGAUCAGAGAUCAGCGCCUGCGAACAUAGCUAGAAUUCUGGCUGAAAAUUUCUGCAAUUCCUCAUACCAUUCAGGAGUUGAAGAUAGUUAACUUCCUAGUCCAAACCUCCCGCAGGACAACGGGGGAUGGGAGCGGGCAGGGUUUGAACCCGGGACCAUCGAUAAAUCCAAACGACAGUCCAGCGCGCACACCGCACUCCAGGCAGCCAUCCAAGUAAGUAAUACUAAGUAUUACUACUAGAUUGUAACUAGAUUUCUAGAUCUUAAUGUAAGUUACCAGGCCAGGGUCUAGAUAUAGAAAAGAUCUUAGAUAUAGAUCUAAAUUAAUUAUUGUUUUAAAAUGUUACUUCAGAAGAGAAGUUGAUGCUUGCUUGGACAAUGCAUUCUAUUCUUCCAUUUUUCACAAAACCCAGUAUUAUAUGGAACAGCUUUCAUCACAAAACACAAUUCAAUAUAUAACAGCAUCCAACACUGUAAAGAUGCGAACUAAAAACCAUUCAAUAAAUGCUUAAAACAGAGUUUAUCUUUGUUUUUAAAAUGGAUUAAAAUGUUGUUGCCAGCUGUUAUCAAUUGUUUGUCAGAGUUCUUGGGCUCUAGUAAAUAAUGGGAGAUCAUCAAGUAGGGGAAGUGAAAACUGGAUCUUCAACUACCAAACAUCCACAGAAUGACAACACUGGUCCAAUUAUUGAAGAGACGCAAGAGUCUGAAGAAUACCAGCAAGAUCUUCAGGUUGUCCUGGGAACAGCUUUUGGUGUCAUUGCAGUAGUGGGCCUGAUAGCGUUGGGUUUCUUGUUGUAUCGGAUCUACAAAUCAAGACAAGCUGCUCUCUCUUAUCCACACAAUGAAAUAUUGGACACAUUUGAAAGGGACCCAACUGUAGAAAUCAAUGGGAAAUCUCAGCCCUUGGUACUUCUGCUUUAUGCCUAUGACUGCUCCAUACACCAGCAAGUUGUGAUGGCCCUUGCUGGAUUCCUCAUGGAGGCAUGUGGGAUCACCGUGUCUGUAGAUCUUAUGGAAGAACAGGAAAUUACAGACAAAGGAAUUGAUGAUUGGCUGGUUGACCGCUUGCAGGAUGCGGACUACAUUAUGGUCCUGUGCUCUUUAGGGGCUCGACUCCGCUGUUCUAAAAAAGGCGUCCGAUUCAAGCCUGACUGCCACCAGUUAUUGCCUGAUUACUUUGCUGUUGCUGUGGAUUAUGUAGCUGAAAAGAUGAGAGCAGAGAAGCAGAAGGGGCUCUCUGUGAACAAGUUUCUGACUGCUUAUAUGGACUACUCCACUCGUUCAGAUAUUCCCCCACAGCUUGAGACUGCUUCACAGUUCUGUUUAAUGAAAGAUAUCCACAAACUUCAUAUGCAUUUUAACACUCAAGGCCCAGAUUCUGCGAAAGCUGAUUCUGUAUCCCAGUCUAGCACCUGUGAGAACCACUACCAUGAAACAGAGACGGGAGCUGUUUUAAAGGCAAUACUUGAGCAGGCCAAAGCAUUUUUCAAAGAAAAUCCAUCUUGGAUGGAUGAUCGCUUGGAGCCAGAAAGAUGUCCUAGCUUUUUUCUUCGAGGUAAAAACAGAAAGCGCAGAAGAAAUUCUAUGGAACAGCCUCUGUUAGCAUUAACAGAGACUCCUCCUUUAAUGCAUACCACAGAUAAAAGCUUCAAUAAUGUGGAUAUAGGAGAUAAUCAUCCAUUAAAAUCUGAGCAUGUAAGUCAGCAAGAUGAUCAGUACACACAUGACAAAGAAAGGAGUGUAAAAGUCAGUAACACUCUUCCACGUGCACAAAUGUUUGUACGAAAUGAAAAUGAUCAAACCUUGCUUUAUAAUUCAGUUGUUUAUCAGAACCGCCAGAACUCUCUGCCGUCUUCCUUAGCAAGCAGCUGCCUGACUGUGCUACCUGCUCGACAUGCCAUGUCAAAAAGUAUGGACAGCUUUGCUAUGGACAAUAGCCUACACCCUGAUGGGCUUCCAUGCCUUUUCUGCAACAGUGCUCACAUGGAAGCCAGGGCAGAGUGCAGACUCAUGGGACAGUAUAGACAUGCUAAUCGAAGGCACACAUCUGCUGGUUAUUUAAAUGAAAAUCAUUUAACAUCCCAGAUCAAUGGCACAUUUCUGGGGCCUGGUAGGUCCCAAACUACUGUACUGCAUGCUGAGGUGCACCAGGAGUGGGGACAGUCAAACAAAGGAACUCCUGAUAAAAAGUCCUCUACUUUUGCUGGUGACCCCAGGUCCUGGAGCUCAGACCUUGACUUUUCAGGGGAGGUCACCCCAUUUCUAUCUCUCCCACCACAUUAUCCGCCACCCUCUAUUCACAAUGUGGAUGGCAUUACAGAGUGGAAGCAGGGAAUGCAAAGAUGGGGUUCAGGUCAUGAAGUUAUUGGCCUGCAAAGUCUUAAUAAUAAUUCACAUCAUCGAGAGUGUCACCGAACUCUUUCAGACUCCUCUGUGUCCACUGAUGACUCCUGCUCUAUGUCGGAUGGAGACUCCCUUGAAAGAGACAUCAGAUCCAUACACAACAUCUCUUCUUUCAGGGAUUUCAUCAGUCCCUCUUCUAUCACCAAUAGUGCUUGCCUCUGCCAAUUGGCCCCAAACCAUUCACCACUAUGUUCAGUGCUGGCGAAUGGUAUUUCAAAACCCAUACAUAGCAAAACUAGUAGCACUUUGUUUGCAAGAAGUUACUGCUAAUUAGCAUGCAAGAGAGAAGUAGAUAAAAACAUGUCAUGUCUCAGGAAGACAAUACUUCAUCCAGCUACAGCAUAGAUUUUUUUUCACUGUGUACUUAUCAUAGUGCCUUUUGUUUUGUAAAAAAAAUAAUUUAUAAUAAUUGCCAGAGAUAUAUUGCAGGAUUAUUUUAUAAGACAAACUUUAUUUUUAAAAUGUUUGUUUCAAGAGGGAUGCCAAACACAACUAAUGGAGAAAAUGCCAAAAAUAAUAACAUAGUUGUUCUUUGUGUAUGUACUUGAGUGAGAAACAGUUUUCAGUGAUUCAAAACUGAGUUGGUUAAGACACUAAUUACAGUAAUUUAAUAUAGCUUGUAAUAUCUAAAAAUAUUAAAUUCACCUACAGACUCUGUUCUGGGGGAUUCCCCUCUGUUGGGUCCUUGUCCUUCCAGCCAACUUUGCUUCUUGAUUUUUUUUUUUUUACAUAUCAAACUCCCAUCUAUUUAAGGUUUCACAUCCAAUAAUCCUCACAAUCUAUAUCUUUCUUUGGAGUAUAUAAACACAGUCAAGAUAUAUUUUUUGGCUAAUAGAGUUCUGGUUUGUAAAUUUCAAUGUAUUUUGUAAAACAAAACUACUUGGUAUAUAUUUAAACAAGUUGGCUUUGCAUAGAUCAAAAUGGCUUUUUUUUUAUAUCAACAUAUUAACUUGUGAUAAUGUUCUGGACAAUGACUUUAUAGAAUAUAUAACUAAAUGUCAGCUGUUUUUUUUUCUUUGCAUAGACAGCUCAUUGUUUAGUUUAGUGAUACAGUACAACUCCAGUUCAUCUAAACUUUACUUAUGUUCUUUUUGACACAUUUAAAAAAAUAUUUACAAAAGAUUUUGUUAUUUUUAUUGUGAUCAAUUUUCCUCUUGGUUUUGCCUUUUUGUUUUUAAUGUAUUAAUUAUACAUUUGGCAAGCAACAUUUCUUUUUCUCUUUAUAUGUGACAUCAUAUAAAUGUAUGGGCCCUAAGGAAUUCAAAUGAACAAUUUUGUAAUAGAGACUUCAUACCAAGAUUUGACAAUUUUAAAUGGAAAAAAAAGGAGGGGGAAAUUAUCCUAAUAGAUAAAAGAGACAUUAUCCCAAUUGGUAAAUGAGAGAUUAUCCCGAUAGGUAAAUGAUAGAUAUAUAUAUACAAAUAAUUAAAGCUUUUGUAUAACCAGUGUUGAUGGUUGUAUGACAUAAAACAGUUGAAUUACUCAAAUAGAAAGUAUGAAAAGAAAACUCAAUGAUGAUGGUUGUGUACUAUAUAGCUCCUCCUUCGUGGUCAAAGAUGAGCCUUGGCCACUUUUCUUGCUUCAAAUCUUGAGACUCCGAGACUCACAGCUUCAUGCCAUGAGGAGCGAUUGAGAGCUAGUGCUUCCCAGCCGUGAAUGUCGAUAUCGCAUUUCUUGAAGGAGCUCUUGAGAGUGUCUUUGUAGCGCUUGUAUUGGCCUCCCUGGGAGCGCUUUCCUGUACACAACUUCCCAAACAGAAGUCGUUUGGGAAGGCGAUUGUCUGGCAUGUGGACUACAUGUCCCGCCCAUCGAAGUUGGGACCUUUUUACUGUCACAUUGAUACUGUACAUGUUAGACAGCUUUAAUAUUUCUGUGUCUGGUAUGUGGUCGGACCAACGCACCUUAUGGAUACUCCUUAGACAGCGUAGGUGGAAGGAGUUAAGCUUUUUUUUGGUGUGGCGGGAAUAUAGGGUCCUGGACUCUGAUGCAUAUAGGAGUGACGGAAGAACUACAGCACUGUAAACUUUCAGUUUUGUGGAUAUGCUGAGUCCUCUCCAUUGACACACUUGUUCUUGAAGUCUGCCAAAAGCAGCAUUGGCACGAGCAACAUGAAGUCAACCUCAUCAUCUAGGUUGGUGUUUGCUGAUAUGGUGCUUCCCAGAUAGACAAACAUUUUUAAAUUUCUAGCCAUCUAUGAGAAUGUCUGGUUCUGUGACAGAUUUAUUUGGAGGAGGUCGCAGCACUUCUGUCUUUUUUACAUUUAUGGUGAGGCCAAGAUUUUUGCAGGCAUUAGCAAAGAGGGACAGGCUCUUUUGAAGGUCUUCUUUGUUUGUGGCAUUUAGGGCACAGUCAUCUGCGAAUAGCAGGUCUCUGAUGCAGUUGUAGUUUACCUUGGUCCUUGCCAGAGUCUUUGAGCUUUGAAUAAACUUGCAUCGGUGCGAUAUCAUAUGCCAACUCUAAUGCUUUCUGUGCGAAAGGCAUCUUUCAGCAUGGCGGUGAACAUUAUGCUGAAAAGCGUUGGAGCCAGCACACAGCCCUGCUUCAUGCCAUUUGAGACAGGAAAAGGUUUGGAGUAGUCUCCGUUGUCUUGGACUCUUUGCUUACAUGUUAUCAUGGAAUUGGCACAGCAUUGCUAUGAAUUGAUCCGGGCAGCCAAAUUUGGACAUGAUUUGCCAAAGACCUUCAUGACUGACAUUAUCAAAAGCUUUAGUCUAAUCUAUGAAUGCAGUAUAGAGAUUUGAAUUUUGCUCUUGACAUUUCUCUUGGAGUUGGCGGACUGCAAAGAUCAUGUCAACCAUGCCUCUACCCUGCCUAAAGCCGCAUUAACUCUCCAGAAGUUGGCCACUUUCUAGGUGGUGUUGUAGUCUGUUUAGUAGCACCGUAGCCAGAAUCUUGCCAGCAAUGCAUAGGAGGGAUAUGCCGUGAUGGUUAUCGCAUAACUGUCUAUUUCCCUUUCUCUUGUAGAGGUGAAUCAUGGAGGCGUCUUUGAACUGCUGUGGUUGUUUCUUUUGUUCCCACAUUAUCUGGUAUAUUUCUGUUAGUUUAGCUGUCAGCUCUGAACUGCCAAUUGAGUAUAUUUCAGCAGGGAUUGAGUCUAGUCCCGGUGCCUUACCAGUUGAGAGGUUAGAUAUUGCAGUCAUUACUUCAUUGAGCUGGGGAGGGUCAGCAAGUGAAUGGUUUAUUGGGUCUUGUUACAGGUGUGCAAUGGCUUCGGCGCUAAUGCUUGAUAAAUAGUUAAGGAUGGUACUGAAGUGUUCAGCCCAACAAACAAGUAUAUCCUCCUUGUCUGUGAGAAGUUUGUUUCCAUCAGCACUGAAUAUGGGAGAUGAGCCAUUUUGCUAAGGACCAUAAAAAGCUUGGAUUGAAUUGAAAAAUAUUUUUGCAUUUUUACUGUCAGCAUAGGACUGGAUUUCUUCUGCUUUUUUGUUAUACCAUGACUCCUUCAUGAGUCUCAGUUUCCGCUGGACCUCUCCUUUGGCAUUAGUGUAGCAUUCUUUGCGUUGGGGGCAAGCUGGAUUACACAGGCCUUAAAGCAAUGUUGCUUAUGUGUGUUAAAAGCUGUUCAAUUUGCACAUUGUUUUCGUCAAACCAAUCUUGGUGCUUGCGUUUUGGCUGACCGAGGACGCUGCUAGCCAAAGAGUACACAGAAUCUUUCAGUUUAUUUCAGCUGUUUUCCACAUCCUUCCUUGAUCAUGCAGGGUUUUAAUUUCACUUUCUAGUUUGUUGAUGAGCUCUUGCUUGAUAUAUGGGUUUGUGAGCUUACCAACAUCUAGGCGCUUUGCAUGCUUGCAUCUUGGGGCCGUCUAGGUGGUUUGAUGCAUAUGUUUAGCUUAGAUAAGAUUAGGCGAUGAUCAGUCCAACAGUCAGCUCCACAUAAUGCUUUGGUGACUUUGACGUCUCCGAAGUCACCAAAGCAUUGUGCGGUUGUGUAGUAGUUAGGUUAUGUAAAAUAAGUCUAGUGGCAGAAGUAAAGAUUAAUUAGUGAAAAUUGCAUUAUUGAUUUAUAAUUAACUUAAGCAUAAUAUGGGCUUUUGAGAAUAUAUUCCUGCCCUUUAAUACUCCUCAUCAUGUUGGGUAUAAGUAUGUCUGUCCAGGAUGCCAGUCUAAUGCUGUCAAUUCCAGCUUACAAGGACCUAGAUAUUUAGAAAAAAUAAAGUUUUCUAUCAACUUUUUUGAAAAGUUUCUUGCCAUUCAUACUCCUCAUCAACCUGCCCACAUGCUACAAAUACAAAUCCUAAUAUUUUCAAUUUAAUUGUGAACAUAAUUAAUAAUAUUUUGUGUCUAAAUAGUUUCAUUUUUGUAUUAAACAAAAUUUCAAUACUAAAAUUCUUUAUUAGCUCAACAAUGGCUCUAGUUGUUUUCUUUACAAAUAAUUUCCUUCUGUCAAACAUUGAGACUCACUUGUUUUCAAAAAACAAGCACUAGGUAGUUUUUGAACCAAGACUAGGUCUUCUUGUACUUCUGUUCCAUCAUUUGUUGUUAAGGCUCGGUAUGCUUCAUGUUUCAUUUAUUGGCAUUCACCUAUCCCUUAGGUUGUUGGGCACCACACAAGAUUUAUCAACCGUCUUUCUCCAUUCCUCUCUGUCCUUUGCCUUAAAUAGAACCUCUUUCAAUGGCAGGCAUGUCCAUUCUUUCAUGUUGUCUUCCCAUUAUACUAUCUUCAACUCUGAAGGAACAUCCGAAACAUGUAAAACAUUUUACAAACAAACAUUUUAUUCUCUCUAUCUGCCUCUUCUUCUUUUUCCUGGUACUGUUCCCUGAAGGAAGGUCUUUGUGAGUCCUGAAGACUUUGUAAUAUGGCCAAAGAGUUUUAGUUUCUGUUUUUUUUACAAUAGUUAGUAGGUCUGUGGGGUCCAAUUGUUGUACUAACCCUUAAUCUUUUGAUUUGUGAUGAGGUCUUUAAUUGUGAUACCUAGGAUCCUUCUGUAGCAUCUCAAUUCAAUUGCUAUAAUCCUCCUGUCUAGCUCUGAAGAGCUAUAUUUAAUUAUCAGGUGACCAAAAAAAAAAAAAGAAAUUUAUAUACUGUGUUAUUAAAAAUUUCUUUCAAACAUCACUCUUUUUGCCCUUCAAAGCAAACUUCAAAAAAAUAAUUUUCUAGCAAUUUUCAACAAAUUAUAGUCUAGCAUUAGUUAGAAAGUUAUAGAUUUUCUUUGAAUAUUUUUUUUCUCUUUGGGCUAAAUAGAUUUUAUAAUCUGCCUAGAUUUAUUCAUUUUUAAAAUCAAAACUACAAUACUUAUCAAACCUUAAUAGUAUGCUAUAAAUAAGAUUGAAAGUUUGUUACACAUCUGUAACCUGGCAACAAGAUGAUGUAGAAAUCUGGGGGAUGGUAUAUUUAGUUACAUGCAUAUUCUUGAGAUUUCAAUCACUUUCUUAAUAAUGAAAGCAAAUUUCAAAGAGAUUAAUAGUGUGAAUUAAUUCAUUUUUCUUAACAAUGAAAGCAAAUUUAAAAUAGUUUGUGUGAAAUUUGUAUUAAAUAUUUCUUCAAUUUAAAAAAAAAGAAAUUGUUAUGGAGCCUUCUUAAAUAAUGUCAUAUAGACACUACUUCAAGAAAUAUGUGACAAAAAUGUUUUUUUUUUUUAGAUUUAUGUAAAGAUAUUCCAUACAAUUAUGCAAAGGUAUUCUUCAAUAUAAAUUAAUCAAAACUCAGCCUGACUCAUUUGACUUUUUUUUUUUUUGCUAUAUUCCUUGGGAAACUCUCAUGUUGACAUCCUCUUGAAUGCUACUUAUAGUUGUAUUUGUUAGUUUUUUUGUUCUUGUUUACACAAAAAAAUAAUUAUCUUAUGAGUGAUAGAUUGAUAAGUCAUACAGUUGUAUUAUAACUUGAAAUAUAAAUUUCCCUUUUACUGAUUUAAAAAAACAACUUUAACAGUAUACAUAUUUUACACGAUUGUGAAUAUUUUACUUUCAGAUGAUUUUUGUAGUGUGAACAUUUCGAGUAUAGUGUAUUACAUAUUCUAAAGUCAUGGUUUAAAUUAUGUUGUUUUUCUUCUAAUGCCUAAUUUCUUACAUUCAUGUCAUGAACAUUUUUCUUAUUUUUCUUUUGUAAAUGGAAACAGGAAACUGUUUGAUUUUAAACAAUUCCUUUGCUUCAUAUUUCUGAUAAUGUUCAUUGUUGUUGAUCCAUAAAUUGAGCUAAUCAAAAUGUUGCCAUGUUAGUAUUCCAUUUUUUUUUUAAAUUUUUAUUUGUUAUUUACAUGCUAGCUUGUGUCCCUUUACUAAGUAGAAGUUUCUUAAACAGAGUUUCACUUCAGUUUAAAACACAAAUCUGAUGGAUCCUAAACAAUGUUACUUGAAGAGUAACAUUGGUUUAAAGCAGUGUUGUAUUUUAAAAUAACUAUAUAAUUGACAAUAUUAAACAUUUAGUUACCUUUGCCAAAAGAUAUUAAAUGAUUAUUAAUAAUGACUAUAGCUUGUACAUUUUAACAAAUCACUUUUUCUUUUAUUCCAUCAUUUCCAUCAGUUUCUCUGGCUUCAUAUGCUCACUGAUUAGGACAAAAUAAAGCAAAUUCUGACUGCUAUAUAUGAAUAAAAACAUUGUUUUAUCCAAGGGCAAAAAAUAAAUGUCAUAAAUUGUCAUGGUGGACAUUCUUUAUUGCCACAUCUUCCUGGACUACUGCAGAUAUAGUUUUCUGACCACUAAAAUGUCCAAUAAAUCUUUGUCUGCUCUCUCGUCCCAAAAAUAAAUAUUCCAAGUUUGUUAUGCCGCAAUUUUUUUCAUUAAAAGUGGACAGUUCUCUUAAGUUACUAGCUCACUUCCAAAACUCUUUAUUUUUAUUUCUAAACAAUGGGUGUGACUGUCUUGUAUAUUUAUCUGCAUCAUUAUGCAUUAUUAGGUGCUUCUUACACUUAUAAAACAAGAUUGGAGUUCAGCUGGUUGAAAACAAAAAUUGCUUUAAGAAGAACUUGUGUCUUGCUUUAGGAAUGUUUGUGACUUAAACAUUUGAUUUUU